UGCUUCUUCAACUUUCCUUCAAAUUCUAUUCACCUUCUUCUUCUUCUUCUUCUUCUUCUUCUUCUUCUUCUUCAAUCGAAAAGGCCAAACCAAACUGUUCCUUGUUGUUUUGGUAACACUCUCUGAUUCUCUUUCUUUCUUUCUCUCUCUCAUUCAUCACGAUCUAGUUUCCAAAACCCUAUUCUCUUCCUUGGAAGCUGCUCGGAAGGAAGGAAGGAUCUCGAGCAGUUUCAAAAUUGGAUUGAGGAUGAACUUCACUCAGCUCUCUUUCGCGCCUUGAACCUUGAUUCUCUCACUCACAACCAUGUGGUUUUCUUUCUGGAGAUCCCGAGAUCGCUUUUCCUUGGAUCACCUCAGGUACUUAACUGAUCAAUUGACAAAAAUUCAAGUAGUUAACGAGGUUAAUAAGGAUUUUGUUAUCGAGGCACUAAGGUCAAUUGCAGAGUUGAUAACAUAUGGCGACCAACAUGACACAAGCUAUUUUGAAUUCUUCAUGGAAAAACAAGUCGUGGGGGAGUUUGUACGUAUUUUAAAACUUAGCAGGACUAUUAGCAUUCCACUUCAGCUGCUUCAAACAGUGGGCAUUAUGAUCCAGAACCUAGAAAGUGAGCAUGCUAUAUAUUAUAUGUUUAGUAAUGAACAUAUGAAUUACCUAAUUACACAUUCAUUCGACUUUCGCAACGAAGAGCUAUUGUCAUACUACAUAUCCUUUUUAAGAGCAAUAAGCGGAAAAUUGAACAAGAAUACUAUUUCUCUGCUUGUGAAGACUUGUAAUGAUGAAGUAGUUUCAUUUCCACUGUAUGUUGAGGCGAUACGAUUCGCCUUUCAUGAAGAGAGCAUGGUGCGCACUGCUGUACGAGCUGUGACCCUUAAUGUUUACCAUGUUGGAGAUGAUUCUGUUAAUAGAUACAUAACCAGUGCACCUCACACAGAUUACUUCUCAAACCUGGUUUCCUUUUUUAGAAAGCAGUGCAUCAAUUUAAAUAAACUGGUCUACGAGACUCUGAAAAAUCCAGUCCCAGAUUCAACCUCUACAAUUAUUUCUGCCGUAGAUGAAAUCGAAGAUAACCUGUAUUACUUCAGUGAUGUCAUCUCUGCUGGAAUCCCUGAUGUUGGGAGGCUAAUAACAGACAGCAUUCUGAUGCUUCUGAUUUUUCCAAUACUUCUUCCUUCCCUAAGGAUAGUGGCUUUUAAUGACAUGCAAAGUGGUGUUGUCACUUCUCUCUACUUACUUUGCUGCAUCUUGAAGAUAGUGAAGAUCAAAGAUUUGGCAAAUACCGUAGUUGCCGCUCUUAUUUAUCCCUUAAAGUCCUUUACAAAAUGUUCUGGGGGCAACAUUAAUGGCUAUGCAUCUGAAAGCCAAGGGCAAGAGGAUGAUAAUCUUGACAAGUGUUGUUCUUCAGGUUUUCAUCCACAAAGUCUUAUCACGCGAAAUAAUUGUAGCAGUUCGAAUAUGGCUUUAAGGGAAGUUUUGCUUGCAUAUGUUACUAACGGGGAUGAUUUACAAGUUUUGGGUUCUUUGAGUUUGCUUGCCACUCUGCUGCAAACUAAAGAACUUGAUGAAUCAAUGCUAGAUGGGCUUGGGAUUCUUCCACAACGCAAACAGCACAAGAAACUCUUAUUGCAAGCUCUGGUUGGUGAGGCUUCAGGUGAAGAGCAACUUUUUUCUUCUGAAAGUAGCUUGAUGAGGGAUGACAUUGGUUGCGAGUUUAAUGUCUAUCUCGAAAAGAUCCAGGAGCAGUACGGAAUAUCUUUCCAGCCUUCUGGUGCGGGAACGAGCCCUCGUUUAGCUAGAUUUCAGGUGCUCGAUGCAUUAGUGAGCCUCUUUUGUCGUUCUAAUAUAUCUGCUGAGACAUUGUGGAAUGGUGGUUGGCUUUUGCGCCAGUUGCUUCCUUACAGUGAGGCAGAAUUCAACCGCCAUCACUUGGAUUUGCUGAAAGUUUCAUACAAGAACUCUGCUUCUGCUCUUGAAAAGGAGGUUAAAGGUUUCUGGCCAGAUGUUCUUAUUACUGUUCUUUGUGAUGAGUGGAGAAAGUGCAAAAGAGCAAUGGAGUCUUCAUGCCCUCCAAAAGAACCGAAGUGCAUACUUUUUCCACCUCAAAUGUUCUUUUCAGGAGAAGAUAUACCUGAGGGAUCAUCAUUUGCUUCUGGAGAAAGAAUGCAUGAGUUGGUGAAGGUAUUUGUACUACUACACCAACUUCAAAUAUUCACUCUAGGUAGAGCUUUGCCUGAGCAACCUUAUAUUUAUCCUCCUGGUGAUCUUCCUGCAAAUUCUCGUGCCCAGACUUCUGGACUUGAUCUGUCAGCCCCAAAGCCAGGCACUGAAAUAAGCCUUGUUAAUGCAUUACCUUGUAGAAUUGCUUUUGAGAGGGGAAAAGAGCGCCAUUUUUCCUUUCUAGCGUUCUCUGUUGGAACAUCUGGGUGGCUUGUGCUUGCAGAAGAAUUGCCUUCGAAGAAUUCCUAUGGAGUUGUUCGGGUUGCUGCUCCGUUGGCAGGGUGCAAUCCCAGGAUUGAUGAUAAACAUUCGAAGUGGUUACACCUGCGGAUCCGACCAUCCUCUUUACCUUUUCUAGAUCCUGCCAAGUCCAAUACGUAUGGGAAAUUAAAGACAAAAGCUUUUAUUGACGGACGAUGGACGUUGGCGUUCAGGAAUGAGGAGUCUUGCAAGUCUGCGUUACUCAUGAUUCAUGAAGAGAUUAAUUUUCUAAGUGACGAGGUGCAUAGAAGACUGAAACCUUUGCUCAACCUUGAAACCGCAGUAGAUUUAUCGAGCCCGUCUGUACGUGUUCCAAAGGAUUCCUCUUUCCAAUCAACACCUCCCAAUUCAUUGUAAGUUAAUUGCCUUCAUUAACAAUAAUAGGCUGUUUACAUCACGGGUGGGAAAUUAUUAAGUCCGUCACCCUUUUGUAUAUGCUCCAAAAAUACAAACCAGAUUUGUAGAUUAGAAACUGUGGUUUAGUGUCAUUCUUUUUGUAUACUAGCCUUUCCUUUCCUGAUUUGUAAGUUAACCCUUUCUUCCCAUUCUUUAGGAGCUCUAACUUAGGCCCCUUAAUUUUGGUUGUUACAUUAUUAGGUAGCUUUGUAACAAUUGUAUAUUUGAGGGACCCCCCAUGAAGAGUUUUUUUCCCCUCCCUGUCCAGACAAAUUGUAUUGCUAAUUAUAUAUUGGAGCAAUGAAAGCUCCUCUUCUCCUUU